AUGCAGGGAACCAGGCUGCCUAUUUGCUGCCCCUGCUCCUUCUGCUCCCGUGAACCGGCCAAGGCUGAGAAGGAAAAGGUCCGCCGGGGCCACCCUACUGUGCACAGUGAGACCAAGUACGUGGAGCUGAUCGUGGUCAACGACCACCAGCUGUUUGAGCAGAUGCGCCAGUCGGUGGUCCUCACCAGCAACUUUGCCAAGUCCGUUGUGAACCUGGCAGAUGUGAUGUAUAAGGAGCAACUCAACACCCGAAUCGUGCUGGUUGCCAUGGAAACGUGGGCAGAUGGGGACAAGAUCCAGGUGCAGGAUGACCUCCUGGAGACCUUAGCUCGGCUCAUGGUCUAUCGGCGGGAGGGCCUGCCUGAGCCCAGUGACGCUACCCAUCUCUUCUCGGGCAGGACUUUCCAGAGCACCAGCAGUGGGGCCGCCUACGUGGGGGGCAUCUGCUCGCUGUCCAGGGGUGGGGGUGUGAAUGAGUACGACAACAUGGGGGCCAUGGCAGUGACCCUGGCCCAAACGCUGGGGCAGAACCUGGGCAUGAUGUGGAAUAAACACCGGAGCUCAGCAGGGGACUGCAAAUGCCCGGACAACUGGCUGGGCUGCAUCAUGGAGGACACCGGAUUCUACCUGCCCCGCAAGUUCUCGCGCUGCAGCAUCGAUGAAUACAACCAGUUUCUGCAGGAGGGAGGUGGGAGCUGUCUCUUCAACAAGCCCCUCAAGCUCCUGGACCCGCCUGAAUGUGGGAACGGCUUCGUGGAGGCAGGAGAGGAGUGCGACUGUGGCUCGGUGCAGGAGUGCAGCCGUGCGGGCGGGAAUUGCUGCAAGAAAUGCACCCUGACUCACGACGCCAUGUGCAGCGACGGGCUCUGCUGUCGCCGCUGCAAGUACGAGCCGCGGGGUGUGUCCUGUCGAGAGGCCGUCAACGAGUGCGACAUCGCGGAGACCUGCACCGGGGACUCGAGCCAGUGUCCCCCUAACCUGCACAAGCUGGAUGGCUACUACUGCGAUCACGAACAGGGCCGCUGCUAUGGAGGCCGCUGCAAAACCCGGGACCGGCAGUGCCAAGCCCUUUGGGGCCAUGCGGCUGCUGAUCGCUUCUGCUAUGAGAAGCUGAACGUGGAGGGGACAGAGCGUGGGAACUGUGGACGCAAGGGAUCAGGCUGGGUCCAGUGCAAUAAACAAGACGUGCUCUGUGGCUUCCUCUUCUGUGUCAACAUCUCUGGAGCUCCUCGGCUGGGAGAUCUAGGGGGAGACAUCAACAGUGUCACCUUCUACCACCAGGGCAAGGAGCUGGACUGCAGGGGUGGCCACGUCCAGCUGGCUGACGGCUCCGACCUGAGUUACGUGGAGGACGGCACUGCCUGCGGGCCCAACAUGCUGUGCCUGGAUCAUCGCUGCCUGCCCGCCUCAGCCUUCAACUUCAGCACCUGCCCCGGCAGCGGAGAACGCCGGAUCUGCUCCCACCACGGAGUCUGCAGCAAUGAAGGGAAGUGCAUCUGUCAGCCCGACUGGACCGGCAAAGACUGUAGUAUUCACAACCCCCUGCCCACGUCUCCACCCACCGGGGAGACUGAGAGAUAUAAGGGUCCCAGCGGUACCAACAUCAUCAUCGGCUCCAUCGCGGGGGCUGUCCUUGUUGCAGCCAUCGUCCUGGGCGGCACGGGCUGGGGAUUUAAAAACAUCCGCCGGGGAAGGUACGACCCGACCCAGCAGGGGGCAGUGUGACGCCGGCCACGUCAUCCCUCCCGCUGUCCCUGUCUCCUCCAUCUCAUUCGUCACCUCACAUUCUGUUGAGGGGGGAGCCAGGGGCUGAUUCCCCCACCUGCUGUCACUGCUGUCACUACAGGGGUGGGGGAGCCCCGCGCCUGGAAGAAAGCCCUCAGCGUGCCCUGCCCCUUCCUCCUGCCCACCUCCCAGGCCCUGGUCCACUUACUCCUGCCCUUCCAGUGGCCACAUCACCCCUGCCCAGGUGGGCCCUGGAGCUGUGUCCCUGCAGCCCCCACACCCGGGAGGGGAGCCUACCUCUGCGUCCCAUCUGUUUUGUCUUCCAUGUCACCGCUGUCUGAACUUCCCACCAGAUCCCCUCCCUGGCCAGCCUGUGACUUGCCGCCUCUAGGGCCCAGCACUGACCUCCCAGGGCCCGGCUCAGGGGCUCUCCCUCUGGGCCCUGCCGCACAUCCUCCCCUGACGCCCCCUCUCCGUUCCAGGUCCGGAGGGGCCUAAGUGCCAUCCCCUCCCUCCGAGCCUGGCGCCCACCGUCUCCGCCCUGAACCACGAGGCUGCCCCCGCCUGGCCACGGAGGGAGGCACCAUGCAAAUGUCUUCCAGGCCCAAGCCCUUCAAC